CCAACCUGCAGCAAUUCACAGAAUCUUUUUUUUGUGUCCAACAUGUAGAAUUCUAUCCCUAACGUCAUUUGUAACAGAAAUUUUACCAAAAAGUCGGCAGAUUCGUUUGAUUACCUUCAUUUACGUUCGAGCAUAUUGGUUUCAUGGACGAUGAAAAAAGUGCCUUACAGAUUCUGGAUAGCGGUGAUGAUAUUUUUCGGAGCGUACGUAAAUUACGCGCUGAGAGCGAACGUGCCGGUGAGCAUAGUUGCAAUGACGAGGCAACGGAAGAAAAUGGAACACAUCCCGGAAUGUCUGCGUCUACCUUCUUAUGCUUCGCUCGAAGAAAACGCCACGGACGCAGAGGCGGUGUUCCCGGAUCUGCCCGACUACGGUCCUCGUUUCGAGUGGAGUGAACUGAUCAUCGGCUACGCGUUGAGCAGCUAUUAUUGGGGCUACAUAACGGGAUGUUUGCCGAGCGGUCCAGUAGCGGAAUGGGUCGGUACAUCCAAUAUAAUAUUUUGGUUUACCCUGGGCUCGGCCGCUUUAAACGCUCUUUGCGUACCGGCAGCGCAUUUUCACUACAUGGCUUUUAUAGUGACCAGGUUUUUAAUCGGACUGCUCGGUACUUUUAUUUACCCAUCUUUCCAGAUACUUAUAGCGCAUUGGUCGCCGCCGCUCGAACGGUGCAAGUUUACAUCGGCCCUGAUGGGCAACGCUUUGUCUUCUAUAAUCAAUUGGCCGCUCAUUUCCUUUGUGACGGAAACUUUCGGUUGGGAUUGGGGUUUCUACAUCGUCUCGUUCCAAAUAGUGUUGUAUUGUGUGUUCUUUUGGUUUAUUUGCAGCGAUCGACCGGAUCUGAAUCGGUUCAUAUCCCAGGAGGAAGUCGAUUACAUUAGGCGCAGUCAAAUGGGACAUGUUUCCGACAUAAGACUCCACGCUCCUAUUAGACGAAUACUGCGAAGUCGGCCGUUUUGGAUACUGAAUUUCGGCCACAUGGGCUCCAUGUACGGGUUGUACAUACAGAUAAACAGCAUUCCGAAAUAUAUGUCUGAAGUGAUUGGGUACAAUUUGAGCGGUGCAUCGGGCGCACUUUGUAUGGUGCCGCAUUUGGUUCGGGUGAUCGUGGCCAUUUCGACUGGUUUUUUGACCGAUAAUUUAAUCAAAAAGGGCCGUGCAACGAAAGAGCACAUGCGAAGGAUCUUGACGCUCUUCUCGCACAUUAUUCCCGGCGUCAUGAUCAUGUCGUUUUCCAUCAUUUGCUGCAACAUUGUCGGCGUGAUCUUCGUGUUGAUCGGCUUGGGCAUUAAUGGUACUUGCAUCGCGACGAACAUGGUCAACGCGCAGGAUUUAUCUCCUAAUUUUUCGGGAACGGUUUUCGCCAUUAUCAGUUUCUUCGGCGGAAUCACCGGCCUGGUGGUACCCAUACUGCAGGGGUUUUUUAUUAGGAACCACAACGGGUUGAAAGAGUGGGGUAAUUAUUUUUAUACAGGCAGCAUAUUUUAUCUUUUCAGCGGUGUGAUUUUUAUUUUGUUUGGUUCGUUCGACGAGCAAUCGUGGAAUUUACCAAGACACUGA